UCACAUUAAUGUCAGGUUCUCCCUUCUAUCUAACGGAAUUCGCGCGGUUAUCUCACGGAUAUCCACCGGCAGUCGGACUCUUUCAUUGUUAUGAUGCAGCCGGAUGCGGAUCAUUCAUAAAGACUCCGGUUGUUGUGGCUGACGUUAUUUAUUUCGUUUAGUGAAAUGUUAUAGUAAGCCAGUAGUUGGAAUUGCUUGGAAAAGUACACAGCUGUGGUCUAUGUGAAUCAGUAAGUCGAGUGUGGUCUUGCCGUGUUGAGUGCUACUACAUAUAACUGCGAACUAGAAGACUGUGCAUUUUUCGUUCCGUACUAAUAGCAAUAGCCAAUAGUUUCUGCAGCUGAAUCACUCUUCUAUCUCUCAACCCACCACAGAACAUUUAGGUGUAACCAAACCAAGCAUAAUGGCUUACUACGGCGGUGGCGGACCAGGGUACCCUGGCCAUCCGGGUCUCCCGGGGGGUUAUUCAGUUUAUCCACCCCCGCCUCCACCGCCGCCUGUACCCCCUCAGCCGCCUGCAGCUCUUCCACAUCCAGUGUACAACCAGAUGCCGGGACCGGCCGCAAGUGCUGGGAUUAGUUUCGGCGGCGACGUUGCUUUAUCACAGUUUAUGAGCGAAGUAAAAGAAAUCGCAAAACGCGAUGAGGUGUUGACAUCGGCUGGUCAGAUUGAGCGUCUUCUACGGCCGGGGUCUACCUACUUCAAUUUAAAUCCUUUUGAAGUACUACAGCUUGACCCUAGCUCGACUAUGGACGAUAUUAAAAAACGCUAUCGGCAACUAUCGAUUCUGCUUCAUCCGGAUAAGAAUCCAGACAACAAAGAGCGCGCGCAGAUGGCGUUUGACGUUGUAAGGAAGGCGAACGAAGCUCUCAAGGAUGACUCGAUGCGUACGAAGGCUCUCGCCAUAGUCAAUGAGGCCAAGGAGAUGACAGAUGCCCAGGUAGCGGAUAAGCGGCGGAAGGCUCGCGGCGAGCGUAUACCAGAAGAUGAUCCAGAACAAUAUAAGAAGGCAGUAUACGUGCAAACUGCGAAAUUGUUUGCUGAACUUGAACGCAAGCGUCGCGCACAGGAGGACCGAGAUCAGUUGGAACGCAAACGUAAGCGGGAAAAAGAAUUGGAGGACGAGGCCACGAAGAAGGCAGAACAAGAAUGGCAGAAGAACUUUGAGGAGUCACGUGAAGGCCGAGUCAGCUCGUGGCAAAGCUUUAGCAAAAAAAGGAAAUCGAAGGCACUCAAGCCGCCGAAGACAAAAAUGGAAAACCGAUGAGCAUGAUUUGACACGUAUCUGUCAAAACUUCAGGAGAACCACAGCAGUGGUUAGCUACUAUUCUUGUGAAUAACCGAAUCAGUCUUGUAAUACUAUUCACCUCUGUUGAUGUGCUGUUUAUUGCCUUCGUAGAGAAAUGGAUUCGGCUCGGUUUAAUAGUAGAAUUCUGUAAUGAUACGAAACCUACAUAUCGAAAUGCGUUUAUAUCACCAACUGUCGGGAGCUAGUUUAAUUAUAAUUAGUAGCUAUUAAAAAAACUUGGUAGAUUAGCCUCUUUGGAUUUGCGGAUUAGCUGUUAUCAUCGAUAUGAGAGUCACGUAAAAAUUUCGGCUGUGAACGGUUGACUGUGGAUACCCUGUGGGCUAAUGUGAUAACAAUAAUAAUAAAUAGAGCUAUUACACUGUGUCAAGCCUAUAUUGCAAAAAUACUGUCCAAUGAUACCAGCCAAGUAGUCCAGAAACAUAGCCCAGAGAGGUGAGUCAAGACUGAGCAGAAAACAGAUCACAGUACCAUUGCCGUUGAGGUUAUACGGGAUCUUUGUGACACGAAAGCUUCUGGAAAUGGGUCGACUGGUUGUAGCUGCGACAGUCAGUUGUUGCCCCAGAAUCUCCUAGUUAUUAAAGGUGUUGGCAUUGAUUGGCCUGUUGGCUGUUCUCAGUUUGUCAGCAGUGAAGCAGCUAUAUAAUUUGCACCAGAAUCACAUUUAGCAUAAUACUUAACUAUUAAUUUCUUGAAGAAGAAAGCGUACUUCUACCAAUAAAGUAUAGUGUAUCAAGGCUGGCGCUUCUGUGAAAGUGUUGGCGCUCAGCCAGCUCAUACAUGCUGACAAGUCUACAUGUAACAAAAUGUAUAUAGUUCGAUUUAUAUAGUCAAAAAGCUAUGUCAGGCUUCUUGUUAUUCAACUAAGCGUGAAUACUGAAAGACAGUAGACGCAUUGUAAACGUAGUAAUCGUAAUGAAUAAAGUAAUGCGCCUCUAAAUGUGAGUCACUUAAACAUUUUUACCUAUUAUCUAUACAAAUCAACAAAGUAUGUAUUAAAAAAUAGGUUAAUCUUUCUGGAGCUACUUCAGAGACUUGUAAUUUGGUGGUUUCAGAUCUGGACGAUAGCUGAUUAUCCGCUUAUUGGUGUUGACAGGUGAUAGAGUAAAAACAUGCUACUUGAGGUCGCUGAAAUAUCUAAUGGUUAAUAACUAGAAGGAUUCGGCGGUUAGAUUGUACUCUUAAUAUGUUGUUUUUUUUCGUUCUGUUAAAUUGAUUACGUUUUUUAGCCAGGAUUAUGAACCCUCAAAAAGGCUAAUCUAAAUUGACUUAACUGCUUAUAUUUAUUAACGAUAUAACGAUUAACGAUUAGCAAGGAAGGAUGUGUUGUUUGCAAGAGGCAAAAACUCAUGUCACCGAUUAUAUCUUACCUAUGAAUAAUGAAUAAACCAAAUCAAAUACGUAAAAUAACGUAAUCAGAAUGGGCUUAAUCGAUUACUGCGCCAAUGAAUUGAUAUGGAAAAUAUUUUUUUAAUCGAUCAGAAAUGAUUAAAUCUUGGUCAAUAUACAGAUUUCACGUACAGCAUCUGAGCUGCGACACAUUAAAUAGAGAACUAUUGUUAUUUAUCUGCUAAUGAAGUCUUAUGGGAGAUGUACGUCAAGAGGUUUUGCUUUGGUGGAGUAAUUCUUAGUAUGAUCAGUCAGAGCAAACUGGUGUUUAGAUAAGAAAAUGGCUCUUAAGAUAAGGAUCGAACUUGGCCUUCUUUCCUGCAACAAAGUCUUAAACAAAAUAAGAUGGUGUUAUCGGUAUAACAAUAAUAAUAACAAUGAUAAAAACGCUAAUAAAAAUAACA